UGUUGGGUAUUCCCCUCAUAAUGAAACUACUGUACUGGACAGUAGCCAGACCUGUCUUCGUUUCACGCAAAGCAGUGAUGGCUAAUUUGGAUUCCAUGAUAAGUGUAAUUUACAAGUGUAAUUUGUGCCUUUUUGAAAAUGAAUCAAUCGAAAAACUACGCACGCAUGUUGAAGAGACACAUAGAAAUGAAGUUUUGGAUCAUGGUCAUGAAGCGUCUAAUACAGAGAACGUGGAAACAACGAGAAAAAAUCAAAUUAACAUAAUUAUUGAAGAGGCCAACUUUGCAACGGAAAAUUCGACAGGUGUUAUUGAAAUGAAUGCAGCAUCAUGUUUGGAAUCGGUAAAUGAAAUAUUUACUGAUGAGAUUAUUAGGAGGGAAAAUAAAAGUAGCAUUAAAGAAGACAUGAAGAAACAUGGAGGAAGAUAUAAAGCAUUACUAUGCACUUUGUGUAAUAAUCGACUCAAAGAUGAAGAAGAAAUGAAAAUACAUCAAGAAUCACAUUAUGAAAGCAAUGCAUUCAAAUGUAUAAAGUGUGAUUACACGAAUUCCCAAUGGAUAGAAAUCAAAAAUCAUAUGAAGAUACACGAUGUUCAAAAAACCAACAGUUGUGCAGAAUGUGCAAUGCCAUUUGCAAGCCAAGUUGCUUUGAAUAGUCACUGGAGAUUUCAACAUCUAGGAGGAAAACAUUUAUGUGACACAUGUGGUUAUGAAGCUUCUUCUAAAUAUAACCUUUAUCAACACAAAUCGCAAAGUCACCCUACGAUAUAUACAUGCUAUCGAUGCAAUUUUACUUGUAACAAUGAGGUUGAUCUUCAAAAGCAUAUGCAUUCAAGGCACGAGAGUGGAUACAUUUGCAAGUACUGCAAGCCUACACAAAUAUUUUCAACUCAGCACCAUCUACAUGCACAUAUGACACAGAAUCAUUUGGGAAAGAAAUGUUUUAUAUGUGACCGAUGUAACUAUGUUGCUAAAUUACGUCAUCAUCUUGAAAAGCACUAUUUGAUGCAUACUGGGGAAAGACCAUUGAAAUGUAAAAUAAGUGGAUGUGACUUCACAGCUAGAGAACCCAGGCAUUUUAAACAGCACAUGGUAACAAAACACAGUAAGCCUGGUGAUCUGGUGUGUAAAGAAUGUCAAUUUGUUACUUCAGAUCAGAACGAGUGGGACCUUCAUAUUUCAAUGCAUCAUAUGAAAGUCUUCCAAUGCAAACACUGUGAUUAUCAAACUAAGAACUCCGCUACUCUAAGACGACAUCGAUUGGCGAAACAUGUUGAUCAGGACCAAAUGCGUUUUCCUUGCCCUCACUGCUCAUACAGAACAAACUUUCGUGACAGUUUCAAUAAACAUUUGUUAACUCACGAUUUGAAGAAUGCAAGACAUAAAUGUCCGAUUUGUAAAAGAGAUCUUAACACUCGUUUGGAGGUCAAAAAUCAUCUUAUGAAAAACCAUACUUCUGAUGUCACUUCUCAAGUACAAUUUUGCAAUAUUUGUCCUUAUUCCUGCACAAAAUCUAGUAAUUUAAAGCAGCAUAAAUUGACACACAGUGACGUGAAACAGUACCAGUGUGAAAAAUGUAAUUAUUCAUCAAGAACACUGAUCGUGUUACGUAAGCACAUGCAGAAAAAACACCAAGUUGAAGCAAGAUAGCAAAUUGGGAGUUUCUGAUGGUUUUUCUCUGAGGAUUCUUCGCGCCAAAGCCGAGUUAACAUUUUCGUCAGACUAUAAUGCACGUUUAGAGGCAACACUUUAAUGUAGCUUUUACAAACUUUUGGACAGUUGCUGGUAAUGCUCUUAGAUGAUGUUAACGGGAGGCGGACAACUCGACUACACGGACAACUCACCAGAAACAACUCUACCACAGAGAGGCCUGGUGAGUUGUCCGUCUUUUCGCAUUUUCUACGGCGGCGUUUCAGGUCUAUAGAAAUGUGAUUUUGAUAUUUUCAGGGCUCAAAUGUUGAGAAAAAGACAUAAAUAUUCUCUAGAAAGAAUUUUAAUUUGUGUAAGUGGCUUAUUUGGCUCAUGUUAUAUGAAUACAAAUACAGUUUACAUACGAAAUUGGAGUAACGUUAGCGAAGGCACGGCUCGGCGGUGUGGCGCAUCGUGCUAAGCGUUAGGAAUACGCUCGCCACCGCAUCUCU